CCCGGUGGAUGGGUCUGGAAGUCCUUGGAAAGGGAGAAGUAAGGGGGAAGGGGGUCUAAGACUGACCGGGAAGAGACCCCUCCAGGCUUGCUGAGUCGGUGUGGGAUCUUAGAGGAUCUGGUUUCCAUGGGCAGGAGAGCCCCAGGGAUUCCAGACAAUUAGGGAUGAAAAGCAGCCUGGUAAGCUGGGGCAUAGUGGGGGGAAACUAAAACGGAGCCUAUCCUGAAUUUUGUGGAGAUGUCAGGCUGGAUUCUAGAAUCUGGGGAAAAACCUAGGUGAUUGCCCAGGCUGCCUGAGGAUCCUAGAGGAUGUCCUGGAGCAGAGGGAUUUCUGUGGUGGGAAAAGGAGUUGUGAUUCUGCGAUGUGAAGAGACACUUAAAGGGGUUUCAGCCCUGUGAAGUUGGGACCAUAGUGGGUCAUUAGGGGUGGAGUUGCAAGGAUCCCAUUGGAUGUCGUGAGAGUGUCCAGUUUUGAAAGGAGAGGUUGGAUGGCUGUAUCUAGGAGAAAGAGAAAAUAGGGAGGGAGAAAGAAAUGUAAGGUGUUUCCAGCCCUGGAAUCUGAAGGUAAAUCUGUGUUCUACAUUUGAAUAACAGGUAAGAGUCGGGCCUCCGUGAGGUAAUGGCGCAGACAUGAAGCCCUUUCCAGGAACCUUGGCUUGGGGAUCUUAGAGGAGGGGCCCAGUAUCUCUCCUCCCAGGGUUUGGGAUUGAGCUUGAGGGAGUGUUAGAGGAGAGGUCAGAGGAGGGAGGCCUUGAGCCGAGGGGAGUGGCCCUCCACGCCAGAUAUACACAGGAGUGCUGACCUCCUAGUCUCCUGGGUAGGAAGGGCAGCUCAUCCAGACCAGGCCUGCAGGGAGCUUGCUACCAGGAUUCUCUCAGGCCAGGCUUAGCAGGCCUGCCUGACCCUGCCACCAUCUGCCCACAGCCCUCGGCGUUGCUGACGCCCCCAAUGUCGUCGAGCAGCCGGGGGCCGGGGGCCGGAGCGCGCCGUCGCCGAACCCGCUGCCGUCGCUGCCGGGCCUGUGUGCGAACUGAGUGCGGGGACUGCCACUUCUGCCGAGACAUGAAGAAGUUCGGGGGGCCCGGGCGCAUGAAGCAGUCGUGCCUGCUUCGGCAGUGCACUGCGCCCGUGCUGCCACACACAGCCGUGUGCCUCUUGUGUGGGGAGGCAGGGAAGGAGGACACAGUGGAGGGAGAGGAAGAGAAAUUUGGUUUGAGCCUAAUGGAGUGUACAAUCUGCAAUGAGAUCGUCCACCCUGGCUGCCUGAAGAUGGGAAAGGCUGAGGGUGUUAUCAAUGCAGAGAUUCCCAACUGCUGGGAGUGCCCCCGCUGUACCCAGGAAGGGCGUACAAGCAAGGAUGCAGGUGAGGGGCCAGGCCGCCGUAGGGCUGACAAUGGUGAGGAAGGUGCUAGCCUAGGGGGCGGAUGGAAGCUGACAGAGGAGCCAACACCUCCACCACCCCCACCCAGACGAAAGGGACCCUUACCUGCUGGUCCUCCCCCUGAUGAUGUGCCUGGGCCCCCCAAACGGAAGGAGAGGGAGGCAGGGAAUGAGCCCCCCACCCCAAGGAAAAAGGUGAAAGGAGGCCGAGAGAGGCACUUGAAGAAGGUGGGUGGAGAUGCCUGCCUCCUCCGAGGAGCGGACCCAGGCAGCCCCGGCCUUCUGCCCCCCAGGGUUCUGAAUCCGAGCCAGGCAUUCUCAUCCUGCCACCCUGGGCUCCCUCCCGAGAACUGGGAGAAACCAAAGCCACCUUUGGCCUCUGCUGAGGGCCCAGCAGUGCCAUCUCCAUCACCACAGAGGGAGAAGCUGGAGCGCUUCAAGCGGAUGUGCCAACUGCUGGAGCGGGUGCCUGAUACCUCUUCUUCUUCUUCGGACUCAGAUUCUGACUCGGAUUCAUCUGGCACAUCACUUAGUGAGGAUGAGGCCCCUGGCGAGGCCCGGAAUGGGCGACGGCCAGCCCGGGGCAGCUCUGGCGAGAAGGAGAACCGUGGGGGGCGCCGGGCUGUACGCCCUGGUAGUGGGGGGCCCCUGCUUAGCUGGCCCCUGGGCCCUGCCCCUCCACCGAGGCCUCCACAGCUGGAGCGACAUGUGGUUCGGCCCCCUCCUCGAAGCCCCGAGCCUGACACUCUGCCUUUGGCUGCUGGAUCCGACCACCCUCUUCCCCGGGCUGCCUGGCUUCGUGUCUUCCAGCACCUUGGACCCCGAGAGCUCUGUGUCUGCAUGCGAGUCUGCCGGACCUGGAGCCGCUGGUGCUAUGACAAGCGUCUGUGGCCUCGGAUGGACCUGAGCAGGAGGAAGUCAUUGACCCCACCCAUGCUUAGUGGGGUUGUUCGCCGCCAGCCCCGAGCCCUGGACCUCAGCUGGACAGGUGUCUCCAAAAAGCAGCUCAUGUGGCUUCUGAACCGACUACAAGGUCUGCAGGAGUUGGUGCUCUCCGGCUGCUCCUGGCUCUCCGUGUCUGCCCUGGGCUCAGCCCCACUGCCAGCACUGCGGCUCUUGGACCUCCGCUGGAUUGAGGAUGUUAAAGACUCCCAGCUUCGUGAGCUGCUGCUGCCUCCACCAGAUACCAAACCAGGGCAAACAGAGAGUCGAGGGCGGCUUCAGGGGGUGGCAGAACUGCGCCUGGCAGGCCUGGAGCUGACCGAUGCUUCCCUGAGGCUCCUGCUGCGCCACGCUCCCCAGCUGAGUGCCCUGGACCUGAGCCACUGCGCCCAUGUUGGAGACCCCAGUGUCCACCUCCUCACAGCUCCCACUUCCCCACUCCGAGAGACCCUAGUGCACCUCAAUCUUGCUGGUUGCCACCGCCUCACCGAUCACUGCCUCCCGCUGUUCCGCCGCUGCCCACGACUUCGCCGCCUGGACCUACGUUCCUGCCGCCAGCUCUCUCCUGAAGCUUGUGCCCGAUUGGCCGCUGCAGGGCCCCCUGGCCCCUUCCGCUGCCCAGAGGAGAAGCUACUUCUCAAGGACAGCUAGUUGGGUGCUGGUAUCCCCUUCCCCUGGACUCACCAGUAGCCUGGACCUCUGGCCUUCAUUUCACCCAGUUGGGAGGCCAGGUUAUCCUUCUCGUGACUUGGCGCUCCUAAGUUUAAUGACUUAGGAUUCCUGCCCAGGGACUUGAGCCAGCCUCCCCCUUCUCUUCCACCUGCACUGAUAUCUCUGGGGUGGGGGUGGGGGGGACUUUGCUAUCCCUCCCUUCUACCUGCUGCAUUGUCCAUCCCCUCUGGGGAGUGAGUCAGAGGUACGGGGAGGGGUGCUGAGCCAAAAGGAUAGUGUGUGGGGGUGAAGUCUUGAAUGAGGAAGAAUGAGGGGAAAGGGUAUCUGCACACAGGAUACUGGGAGUCAGGGGGCUUGGGGGGCGUUGAAUGGGUUGGGGGGAGGGCAGAACGCAGGCCAACAAGGGUUCUGAAAACAAAGACCAGAUACAUGGAGUUGGGGAUGGGAUGGGGGGGCCAAAAAGGGAAACCAGAGGAGCAGUUGGGGAUCCAAGUGUCAGAGGUCGGGAACUCUGGGAGCUGGGAAAUGCCAGGGCUGGGGGGUGGGGAGAAGGGCAGAUGUGAUGGUGGUACCUGCUCUGUGAGGUACCCCUCUCCCUUUCCCUUUGUCCAGAUUUCAGUUUCUUCCCCCCACCCUGACUCCUUGACCGUCACUGAAAAUGGCAGCUAUUGCGAGGAGUAGGGGCCAUGGGUCCACCUGCUGUUGAGCUCUUGGCCCAGGGGAGUGGUGAGGGGUAGCCCAGACCCCUGCCUGGCUCUCUACACAAUACUUGAACAUUCAUCUGUACUGAAGUGUUACUUGAACCGGGGGAACCUCGGACCUGGGGGAGUGUGAAGUGACGGGACCAGCUUGGACUGAGACUGGACUAGUGGGAGCCCAGUCUGGACUGCCCCACCAGAGCUCUCUUGCUUUACUGUCUUGAACAGCUCUACCCCUCCUGACCUGAGUUGGGGUGGGGGCUGUCACCCCAAUGAUGAGCAAGAGGGGGCUCCUCCAGGUUGGCUCUUCCCAUUCAUUCGUCGUGGAAAUUUGUGUCCCAUUUGCCCAGGGAACUGCCACUCCUGGUUGCCAUGGAAAUAGCAGCCAAUGGACACCUCCCGAAUGCAGUGCUAAGACUGGAAAUGGUCCCUCUUAGUUGCUGUGGGAACUUAAAGACUCACAGCACCUUCCCCCCACCCUUUUUUUCCUGUGUGGGGGUGGGGUCUCAAGAAUCUGAGGGAGGAGUCAGGGCCAGGUCCCACUCAGUUUAGCCCUCCGGGAAACCGGAUUGUACCAAGUGGGGGUGGGAAGGGAGGGGAAUCUAUCCACAUACCUCAGGUAACAGGAAGGUGCGCGGGUUGGGGGGGGGCUGGGUGGACCAAAGGCCAGAGGGGGGAUACUGGGGAUGGAGAAAGGUUUGAGGAUGGGGCCGCUUGAGGGUGGGGGUGGAGGCACCCGGCGAGGGCAAGUGGGGUACCCGGCCGGGCUGGGCCCCUGGGCCCCCAGUCUGUACAAUAUGGUUUGCUAUAAAACUCAGAAUC